UGAUGGCGGCUUCCAGUAGUCGAUCAUGCCUUCAGUAUGUGUUUCAUCUUGCCCAGGAUAAUCUGGACUUCAGGUUACCGGAGAUUUUGGCUCUGCUGGCUCUCAGAGAAAAGCCGUUCCAUCCUGACGGAAAAUUCAAAGAAAAGUCCCCUUACUGGUGUCUAAAUGGUUUGUCUGAGGUGGACGUCCGUGCCAUCAUGGCCAGAUCUGUUUGUGCAAAGUCUGCCUUUGAAUUAUGGGGGCAUGGACAUACACAGAGUGAACUCAGAACAUCCCUCUUGAACUACCCCUCAGAGAACAUGGCACCAUUCAUGCACAAAGACUCCAAAUACAAAAUCAACGUCUACACCUUCAACAAGACUCUGCUGUUUGCAGACAGAAUCAAAAGGAUUGACGCUUUGGACUAUCUUCCGUUUGAGGGCACGGUGAGUCUGAAGAACCCCCAGCACAUCUUCUGUAUGUUGGAGGAUUACGGCUCAGACCCCAACAACAUCCCCGAGCAUCCAAACUACAUCUACUUUGGCCGAUGGAUAGCGGAUGGUCAGCGUGAACUGAUUCGUUCCCACAGUGUGAAGAACAGACACUUUAUUGGAAACACCAGCAUGGAUGCUGGCCUCUCAUUCAUCAUGGCCAACCACGCUAAGGUCAAAGAGAAUGACCUUGUAUAUGACCCGUUUGUUGGCACAGGGAGCCUGCUGGUUGCAUGUUCACAUUUUGGAGCCUAUGUCUGUGGAACAGAUAUUGAUUACAACACUAUUCAUGGCAAAGGUCGGUCGAGCCGUAUAAACCAGAAGUGGCGAGGACCUGAUGAGAAUAUCAGAGCCAACCUGCGGCAGUAUGGAAUAGAGAAGAUGUAUUUGGAUGUGAUGGUGUCUGAUGCAUCCAAGUCUGUGUGGAGGGAGGCUGCUCUGUUUGAUGCCAUCAUUACUGACCCUCCAUAUGGUAUCCGUGAGUCCACAAGGCGAACAGGCUCUCACAAAGAAAUCACUAAACCCGCUGAUGGCAUCUAUGCAGAGUCUCACGUCCCUGUAACACAGGCGUACCACCUCAGUGACAUCUUCACCGACCUGUUAAACUUCUCUGCCCACCACCUGGUCUUGGGUGGGAGGCUCGUCUAUUGGCUGCCUGUCUACAGGCCAGAAUACUGUGAGGAGAUGGUUCCUCUUAAUCCAUGUCUCCAGCUCAUCAGUAACUGUGAGCAGACUCUCUCCAGCCACACUUCACGACGCCUGAUCACCAUGGAGAAGAUCAAGGAGCCAGAGGACUUGGACAGCCUGGAUCAUCUUGCAGACCCACGCUUCAGCCCCUACCAGGGACACAACGCCUUCAGAGAGAAGUAUUUCAGUGGACUGAACAAGAGACGUGGCAAGGAGGACAACAAAUCUGAUUUUAAUGGUGUGUAAACGAAGUGAGGCCUCAAGAUAUUCAGAGGAAAACUCUUCAGUGUCUUUACUGAAAAGAGAAAACAACCAUCCACAAAAAUCAGGGCAUGGCUGGCAGUGGACUAAAGAAGGAAACAAGCUGAAACGUAUUUGUUAUAAUUAUACUCUUUUUAAAUCUUUCUCACUUCUCUAAAUUAUGAUUAUUUUUAUGCCUGUACUUAUUUCUUUUCAA